GUUUGUUUGAUUAAAAAUAAUAAUUUCAUGUUUUAUUUGUAAAAUUGAAUUUAUAAAAUGGAAGCGCAAGCUUCCAAACCGGAAUCGUAAGCUUCCAACGAGCUUCCAAAGUUGAAUUUUUGGAAACGCGAUGGAAGCGAGAUUCCGAAAGCUUCCAAGAGCUUCCGAUUCCGACUAAGAUUCCGAAGCGGGAAGCGGACCUCCGACGAAGAUUCCGUGCUUCCUAGCUCUCAAGACGAAACACUUUUUAUAGGCAAGACUAGCGAGUCCCCUAUUUCCACUACGACAACGACCUCCCAAUUCUCUUUUUCCACCAAAUAAAAGGAGAUGUUGUCAAGCAAAAACGUCGUCGUAGUAGAGGCUUGGAACACCACCACCACAACGCAAACGCAAACGCCACAUAGACCCUCACUGUUACAUCCAACAUUCUACUGGGGUUACAACUGCCAAGUACUCUUCUCAGGAUGGCCUGGUCCUGACCGUGGGAUGUAUGCUCUUGCACUUAUCUUCGUCUUCUUUUUGGCGUUCUUAGCCGAGUGGCUUGCUAGGUGCUCUGACGCAUCCUCCACCAAACCGGGUGCACAUAAACUUGCUAAAGUUGCGUUUCGCACGGCUAUGUAUGCAGUCAAGUCCGGCUUUAGCUACCUUGUGAUCUUGGCAGUUGUUUCUUUCAAUGGUGGGGUUUUCCUAGCCGCGAUUUUCGGGCAUGCUCUUGGGUUCGCCGUUUUUCGUGGGAGGGCUUUUGGGAAUAUGGGUCAGGUCGAUGGUUAGGAAUGGGGAUAUUCAGUAACUUCUGAUUAACCAAACCCUAUGAGAAUGGAAUGUGUUGUGUUAUUCAUCUGAUUUGUGUGUGCAUUCGAAUAUAAUUAAAAGAGUUGUUUUGUGUUACGUUGCAUUUGGUGAGUGGAUUGAAGUUUUGUUAUUAUGGUUU